AUGCGGAAGUGGGAGGAGAAACGCAUGCGCCGGGAGGAGGAGAUCCAGCGCCGCGCCGAAAAGGCGCUACGCCUGGCCAUGGAGAAGCGCAAGCAGCGCGAGGAGGAGAAGGCACGGCUGCGAGAGGAAGAGAAGAAGCGAAGAGAGGAAGAAAUGAGACGGUACGAAGAAAGCCGUAUGCGAAGGGAAGAAGAGCUGCUAAAAUGGUAUAUCAAGGUGCUUCAAGCACGAGAAGCAGCUGAAGAACGGAAACGUGCCCGCGAAGAAGAGCGAAAGCGCAAAGAAGAGAAGAUGCGGAGGUGGGAGGAAGACCGAAUGGCCAGGCAGAUUUUGGACAAGAGGAUCCUCGGCUGCAUCUUAAAGCGAGCACGAGAGGAAGAGAAGCAGCGGAAGGAGGAAGAGCGAAGGAUGAAGCGCCAGAAGGUUGAGCCUGGUGGAUGGCAGGCAGCAGAUGUCGCUUUAUGGGCAGCGCAGGAGGAUGCCACGCAGGCAGUUGCCACUGCGAGGCCGAAGCAACGUGCGAAGGCAAAGGAACCAAGCCCAGAACUGGAGGAUGAUGAGACAGAGCUGGAUAGGCUUCUCGCCGGAGCCCCGGCGCCGAAGAUCGUCCCGGGCCGUUCCAAAGCGAUGGCCAAGCCGCCGCAGCGGCCGCGCAUGUCCCAGGAAGAGGAGACGGAGCUCGACAGACUUUGUGCUCUGAGUGAUGAUGAGGGUGCUGCAAAUGCUCGGCCAAAGCAGCGGGCAAGACAAGACAAGUCAAAGUCCUCGGACGGCGACGAGACCGAGCCGCCCUCGGCGGACGGCGAUGGCGACGAUGGCGACGAUGCCACGGAGCCGCCCAGUGAGAAGUCGGAGGACGAGUUGGAACUGGAACCCACCUCCAUGGUCGGCUCCGACGCGGAGCCCGCCUCGCCGGCAGAGGACCUGGUGGUGCCUAGUGCCCGGCCCAAGGUGCGGGCGCGACCGGCCAAAUCGGCGGAGGACGGGGAUGGGGAUGGUUAA